UACAUGCUAGCGAAAGGGAGUGACUUGAGACAGUUGAGAUAAGGCUGCCCUGCCCAUUUAAGACAUUUAUAUCACAAGACAACAGCCUGACGCUUACAAAACUACUGUGGUUGUAAAUAAGCAACAGGACUGUAACGUAACGAUUUGCAAAACGCCAACCGUACAAGCGAGAGCAUAGGAAGUGAAGAACCGUGGACCACCUGCAUGUACAGUAUAAUCAGGAGAGAGAAUGUGGCUGCCCAUGGUUGGAUUGACCGCCCUGCCACAUCUUGGGGGGCUAUAUGGCGGUUACAUCACUCGAAAAGAGGUGAAGACCUGGUACCCCACCCUGCAGAAACCAUCGUGGCGGCCCCCAAAUGGAGCCUUCCCCAUAGUGUGGACCUGCCUUUAUACGGGAAUGGGGUACGGCUCCUACCUGGUGUGGAAAGAACUUGGUUUCACUGAGAACGCUGUGGUGCCACUGGGACUUUACGGGAUGCAGUUGGCACUCAACUGGGCGUGGACACCCAUCUUCUUUGGCGCACACAAACUCAAAUUGGCCUUCAUGGAGAUUGUGCUUCUAACUGGGACUGUCUGCGCCACCAUGUGGUCGUGGUAUCCCGUCAGCCGACCCGCCGCUGUGCUCAUGGCGCCCUACCUGACCUGGCUGUGUCUGGCCACCUCCCUCAACUACCGCAUAUGGAGGGACAACCCUGAGAAAAAGCAAGAGUAGAAGACAGAGCAGAUGUUUACGUGAGCCUUGAACAAACAGCAUCAGAAUUUUAAAUUUGGAUCAAUCCGUGUGGGUGCCAUUUAAAUCGAUCUCUUUCAAUGAAAUACAUUUUUAUUUGCACUAUGCUUAUGGUUUCUGAACCCAAACUGAUUGGAUUGUUAGGAUCACUUCACUGGCUUGUUGAUAACAAAUGACCAUUUGCACACGGUCAGAAUGACACUUUUGAAUUGCUUUAUUUAUAUUUACCGGCAGUCUUUUUACAGGUCUCUACAACACAGAUUUUGCUUCAUCAUUUCCUAAUGUAAUCAUAAAUAUUUGACAGUGCGCUUCUUGGAUGACAAUGCUUAAUCACAUUUCAUGAAACCUCACAUUUGAAGUUCUUCCAAAUAUGCAGCAGGAAUCAAAGACGGUACUGAAAUAUGUUAUGCGUCAAGUUUAAAGCAGAUUUUCUAAAUUGUUUGGUGUGUUUAAAAAAAAAAAAAAAAAAAAAAUGUUUUUUUGUUUUAACAGUGCCAUCUUUGCAUAUAUGAAUAAAAUGAUUCAUGAUAAUCAAA